AUGCCUGAUGUAGAGGGGGAAAACCAAACGACCAUCACAGAGUUCAUUCUCCUGGGAUUCGGUGACCUUCAUGAGCUGAAGAUACCUGUAUUCAUGGUGUUCCUGGCUAUCUACAUAGUAACACUCACUGGGAAUAUCCUGAUCAUUGUGACGGUAUCAUAUAAACCACAACCUGCACAAACCCCAGCAUACGACCGUUACUUGGCCAUAUGCAAACCACUGCAUUACGCCUCCACCAUGAGCUUCCAGCUUUGCUUUCAGUUGGCAGUGGGGUCAUGGGUCAUUGGGUUCCUUUCACUGGUGGUCACCAUGCCCAUGGUUUCUAGGUUACCUUUCUGUGCUUCCAAGGAGAUCGACCAUUUCUUCUGUGACCUGACACCCAUCAUUAAACUCUCCUGUGGGGAUACCUACAUGGUCAGGAUACCGGCUUUCAUCAUAGCCUCCCUUGUGUCCUUCUUGCCUUUCCUUCUAACCCUACUGUCCUACUACAAAAUAAUCUCCACCAUCCUGAAGAUCCCUUCCACCUCUGGGAAGCAGAAAGCCUUCUCCACCUGCUCCUCCCACCUCAUUGUGGUGUCUGUGUUCUAUGGCACACUUAUGGUGGUCUACGUGGCUCCCAUAGCCAACCAGUGGCCAAACUUAAACAAGACCUUUUCCGUGCUGUACACAGUGGUGACACCACUGAUCAACCCCAUCGUAUACAGCCUGAGAAACACGGAGGUCAAAGAGACAUUGAGAAAGCUUUUCAGUAAAAAUCCAUGCUAAGUGCAUGACCGGGGGCUCUGUCCUAUCUUGAUUGCUAAAUCCUUUCUCACCUUAUACACACAAUUAGUCUCAUUGAAGUCAAUAGCCCAAAGUCCAACCUUUGUCAAAGCUGAUAAAGGGA